UCCAACUGACCAAGCUACUCUGACACCAUGCACCUCAUGUACUACCUCGGCGAGGACGGCAAGCGCGUCUACACGCUCAAGAAGCAGACACCGGCCGGCGCCCCGACGUCCUCUGCGCACCCGGCACGUUUCUCACCCGACGACAAGUUCUCCAAGGAGCGCAUCACCACCAAGAAGCGUUUUGGCCUGCUGCCAACGCAGUCGCCGGACCCGAUCUUCCAGUAAAAGCCCUGUCAACGACCUUUGUGGAGGAAGUGCCAACACCAAGGCUGCCUGGUGUCUAAAGGUAUUGGCAGACGACAAGCAGUGCUGUACUGUAGAUUUAUAGACCUAACGUAAUAACAAACCCAGUGAUCUUUUUUCUC